AUGUCCACGCUGAUACGGACAAGUCGAAGUACCAGAAUCAAGUCCCGGACAGGCUGCAAAACGUGCAAGAUCCGCCGCGUCAAAUGUGGAGAGGAAAAGCCGCACUGUGCGCGCUGCACCAGCACCGGCCGGAAAUGCGACUACGCUGAGCCCGCUAAACUUGCUGUCGCCCGGGUGCUGCCCGUCUACUCAGCAGUGUCUCGUGAGCGGCGCGCGUAUGAGUACUACUUCUUCCACGCCGCGCCGUCUCUAUCCGACGCCCUGGACCUGGAGUUCUGGCGCGGCACGGUGCUCCAGAUCUGUGGUUCCGAGCCGGCUAUCUGGGAUGCGGUCGUUGCGCUGAGUGCGUUCUACGAGCAUCCUACGUCGUCGGAGGGCGAGCCUAUGCAUCAGAUUGAGCGGACGGACCGUCUGCCCCAUCCGAAAUCGCGCAGCCAUCGCGAGGCCCUUAUAUGGUACUCGCGGUCUCUGAGUAGAAUACAAGAGCAGAUUAAGCGCGGCGUUGCGGAUUACGCAGUUGCCCUUGUGAGCUGUGUGCUUUUCAUAUGCAUUGAGAUUCUGCAAGGCAAUGUCAAGGCUGCAUUGAUGCUGUAUCAUCAAGCUACCCAGCUGAUGGCAUCAGCAACGGAGUCGGUAUCAAAAAAGCUUGAAACGACCAUCGCUGCGAUUCUCCUCCGCGUCGGAACCAUAUCCGUCGUUGUCGACGGAGACUCCCCACUACCCAAGCAAUCACUCCCUAGUUCUCACAUCUUCACCGCGCUAUCUGAUGCGCGGGCCGCCCUCUAUGUACUGGUCGCGGACUGGAAAAAGUUCGAUCGCGAUUGCGUGGCAAUUCUCACGGCACAGAGACCGGCCUCAGACGCUCAUCAUUUACGACCCCGCCAGCAGGCCCUCGAACGAGACCUUCUCUCCUGGGACCGGCAGUUCCAGAUACUGCCCGAGGUCAUCCAGUACCGAAAUACCUCAAAUUCCUCCUCUGAGCACCGAGGAAUUAUAGCAGCCCUAUCCAUGACAUAUCUCAGUAUCCUCAUCCUCACACGAACAGGCCUAUCUACAUCCGAAUCCUGCUACGACGCCUACGAAUCUGACUUUGCCGAAAUCAUCACCCACGCCCCAAUCGCACUAUCCGCUACAACAGCCAGCGGAAACCAACCGCCGUUCAUCUUUGACAUGGGAACCGGGAUGUCCCUGCUAAUCACCAUAAUGAAAUGCCGCUCCCCCACGAUCCGGCGACAAGCGCUCACAUUUCUACGCCAGUCUCCACAGCGACAGGGGAUGUACUUUUCGCAGUCGGCGUCCAAUUUCCUCGCUGCCGUUGUGGCAGUUGAAGAAACCGGCGGGAAGUGCUCGGAGGAGCAAUUGGCUGUGGAUAACCUACUCAAUAGCCCAGGGCGGGUUCCCCUGGAUGGCGAGCGCGUGUUUGCGCUAGAGCUUGUUCCGUGGGAGACUGAUGACGGCGAGAUGGGCACCGCGUUGCAGUAUUCCCGGAGGGAAACCACGAAUGGGGAAACGCGGGUGGUCAACGAUAUGGUCGUGCGGCGGGUGAACCUGUGUCGGUUCUUUAAGCAGGGCGAGGAAUAA